CAAAUGGGCCCCUGCUAAUGGGUGGUUGUCAUCAUGGCGCCAUUACGCCUCCUGAGCCACCUGCGCCCCAGCACUUAGGGGGAGACCCCGGGGGCUCCCUGGCACGUGCAGAAGGCGGCCCUUCUGGGAGGGGCUGGGGGCUGGGUGCUCCGUGGGCUUUUCCACAAAGUAGUUUCAACAGCAGCUCUUCACUUGGCCGACAGAGAAGUGGUGGCAGCUACUUCCAGGCGGUGACUUCUCAGUGUGACUUGGCGGGACAAAGAUGGCUGCCCAAGUGCUGCUGCGGAUGGCGCUGUUCCUGCCGACUCUGCUCUUCCUGGUCCAAGGAGCCCACGGCGGGGGCCCCCGGGAAGACUUCCGCUUCUGCGGCCAGCGGAACCAGACGCAGAGGAGCAGCCUCCAUUACCAACAGUCGCCAGAGCCGCACAUCUCCAUCGGGAACUCCGAGGAGGCGCUUACAGUCCGAGCCCCCUUCCCUGCGGCCCACCCGGCUUCCCGGGUCUUCCCUGAGCCCAGGGGCGUCUACCACUUCUGCCUCUACUGGAGCCGGCGUGCUGGGAAACUGCAUCUUCGCUACGGCAAGGGCGACUUCCUGCUGAGUGACCGAGCCUCUGGCCUCCUCUGCUUCCGGCACCAGGAGGAGAGCCGGGCCCAGGGCCCCCCUCUGCUCGCCACCUCCGUCAGCUCCUGGUGGAGCCCCCAGAACACCAGCCUGCCGGGUGCGGCCGGCUUCACCUUCUCCUUCCACAACCCCCCCCACAGGGCCCCUCUCAACGCCUCCCCCGACGUGUGUGAGCUGAAGAGGGACCUGCAGCUGCUCAGCGAGCUCCUGACGCAUCCCCGCAAGGCCCCGAGGCGGCCCUCGGCCAGCCCGGCCGGCCGGCAGCUGCAGAGCCUGGAGUCGAAGCUGAGCUCUGUGAGGUUCCCCGGGGACACAGUGUCCUUCGAGGAGGACCGGAUCAACGCCACGGUGUGGAAGCUGCCGCCCACGGCCGGCCUCCAGGACCUGCACAUCCACUCCCGGCGGGAGGAGCCGCAGAGUGAGGUGCUGGAGUACUCGGUGCUGCUGCCCCGAACGCUGUUCCAGAGGAACAAAGGCCGGAGGGGGGAGGCCGAGAAGCGGCUCCUCCUGGUGGACUUCAGCAGCCAAGCCCUGUUCCAGGACAAGAAUUCUAGCCAAGUCUUGGGCGAGAAGGUCUUGGGGAUCGUCGUGCAGAACACCAAAGUAGCCAACCUCUCAGAGCCUGUGGUGCUCACGUUCCAGCACCAGCCACAGCCGAAGAACGUGACUCUGCAGUGCGUCUUCUGGGUUGAAGACCCGACACUGAGCAGCCCGGGGAGUUGGAGCAGCGCUGGGUGUGAGACCGUCAGGAGAGAAAGCCAGACGUCCUGCUUGUGUGACCACCUGACCUACUUCGCGGUGCUGAUGGUCUCCGCCGUGGAGGUGGACGCCGUGCACAAGCACUGCCUGAGCGUCCUGUCCUACGUGGGCUGCGUCGUCUCCGCCCUGGCCUCCGUCCUCACCAUCGCCGCCUACCUGUGCUCCAGGGUGCCCCUGCCAUGCAGGAGGAAGCCUCGGGAUUACACGAUCAAGGUGCACAUGAACCUGCUGCUGGCCGUGUUCCUGCUGGACGUGAGCUUCCUGCUCAGCGAGCCGGUGGCCCUGACGGGCUCCGAGGCCGGCUGCCGCGCCAGCGCCAUCUUCCUGCACUUCUCGCUGCUCUCCUGCCUCUCCUGGAUGGGGCUGGAGGGCUACAACCUCUACCGCCUCGUGGUCGAGGUCUUCGGCACCUACGUCCCCGGCUACCUGCUCAAGCUGAGUGUCGUGGGCUGGGGCUUCCCCAUCUUCCUGGUGACACUGGUGGCUCUGGUGGACGUGGACAACUAUGGCCCCAUCAUCCUGGCUGUGCACAGGACUCCGGAGAGUGUCAUCUACCCUUCCAUGUGCUGGAUCCGGGACUCCCUGGUCAGCUACGUCACCAACCUGGGCCUCUUCAGCCUGGUGUUUCUGUUCAACAUGGCCAUGCUGGGCACCAUGGUGGUGCAGAUCUUGCGGCUGCGCCCGCACACCCAAAAGUGGUCCCACGUGCUGACACUGCUGGGACUCAGCCUGGUCCUCGGCCUGCCCUGGGCCUUGGUCUUCUUCUCCUUUGCUUCUGGCACUUUCCAGCUUGUCGUCCUCUACCUCUUCAGCAUCAUCACCUCCUUCCAAGGCUUCCUCAUCUUCCUCUGGUACUGGUCCCUGCGACUGCAGGCCCGGGGCGGGCCCUCCCCUCUGAAGAGCAACUCGGACAGCGCCAGGCUCCCCAUCAGCUCGGGCAGCACCUCGUCCAGCCGCACCUAGGCCGCCCGCCCGGCCCCGGCGGUCAGUCGGAGACUUGAGAGAGCCCGAGGACCCUGGGCUGUCAUCAUGGCAACUGGACUCCCAGGCCGGGCCUUCUGAGUUGGCCGUGGAAGCCACUCGGCUGUCAGAUCCAGCCCCCAAGGGACUCAGGAGAGUGUCACCACGCUGGCUGUGGGACUGUCACCAUGCUGGCUGUGGGACUGUCCCCACAGCUGUCCUAACCUGGGGCUUUCCUCACCACCCCUGGGCCCAGCCCUCAUUGCUGGGGGUCGGGCCUUGGAUCUGGGAGGCCUGACACAUCCUUAGCUCCGUGUCCCUGCCCGGGACAGACAUGUGGCCCUAGCCGCUCUAUUGCUGGUGGUCACCUGCGGACACGCUGCGGCUCCUAUUUUCACCUAAGGGUGGCAGCUGGGGCACACGGGGCUCGCAGCCGAGCUCGGGGGCCAGAGCCUGGAGGAGGAGAGGCCCCUCCCCGGGGCAGAGGGCAGCUCGCCUACCUCUGAGCUCUGGGCCCUCUCCCGCCAUCAGCCUCCUCUCCCGGGGCCUCCCGUCCUUCACCCCCAGCCUGGGGCCCCAGUUCCAGUGCUGUGACUUGGGGUGGUUCCCAAGGGCUUCCUGGUGUCUGCUGUAAAUUUUAUCUACUGCCCAGGCCUUGGCCUGCCCCGACGCAGGCUCAGCAUCGACUCUUGGGCUGGGCUACGUCCGUCUGUCCGUCCAGGCCCCUUCUGAGCUGCAUCACCCCUGCUCACCAAGGCCAAGCACACACCUCAGGGGAGCCCCGGCCUCUCCCAAAGCCCUCUCUUGUGGCAGGAACUGUGGACCGUGGCAGUCUCAUCUUGUUCCAUCCCAGCACUCAAGGACUGAGACCUACCUCUUCUGGUGACACUGGCCUAGAGCCCAACACUCUCCUAAGGGGUCCUCUCCAAAUCCCUGCACGUGGCUCCAGACACACUCAGCUGCCCGACCCGCAAACACCCACGCGGCAAUCGCCAGUCCGUGCUGGGGGGAAGGGACACGAUGGCCAGGCCUGGUCGCUCCGGCUGCGAGCCCUCAGUCUAGUGCGUGAGCCGUGCACCAGGCCAGACACCCUGGAGCUGCAGGCCCAGGUCAGAGCUGCCGCUGCUGGCUGGGACUGCAGGAAGACUUUCUGUAGGAGGUAGCAUCUGAACUUGAUCUCAGCCUUAGAGAGGUAGAGGAUGUUCUUUUUAAGUAGCAAUGCAUUUGUGUUUUGAUACUAAAAAGAAAAAGUACAUGUUCGUUGUAGAGAAGUUGAAAACUGUAGAAGGAGUUCGAGAUGAAAAGUAAAAAUCAACUGUUGAUAUCACCUAA